AAUUUCAUCAAUUCCUUGACGAACGCAAAUUUUUACUAACUUUUAAAUAUCCUAUUAUGAGUGCAAAAAUUAAAGCGGUUGUCCUUCAUGAAAAAGGUGGUCAACAAGUUGUUGAAGAAGUAGAUAAGCCUACUCCAAAACCUCAACCUAAUGCAUCCAUUCCUGGUGAACUCGGUGACUUAUUAGUUAAAGUAAAAACUGUGGCUUUGAAUCCCGUCGAUUGGAAACAGGCUGAAAUAGGGUUCUUUAUCGAUGGAUAUCCUGUUACUCUUGGUUCCGAUGCAGCCGGAAUUGUUGAAGCUGUAGGAAAUGGAGUUACCGGUUUUUCUGUAGGAGAUGAAGUUAUGGCUCAUACAAAACUAGGUGUUCCCGGAGGAUAUGGCGCAUUUUCAGAAUAUGCUUUAUUCGAAGCUGCUACUACAUUUAAGAAACCACCGCAUUUGACUUGGGAAGAAGCCGCAUCAAUUCCUGUGGGAUCUUUGACGGCAGCACUCGGUUUGUAUCAUAACUUGAAUUUGCCGCUUCCUACAGAAAAUCCAAGUUUCUUUCGUGAAGAAUUUAUUUUGAUUUGGGGAGGUUCUUCCUCAAUUGGUUCUUAUGCAAUACAACUUGCUGCUAAUACGGGACUUACUGUUAUCACAACAGCUUCUCCAAAAAAUAAUGAUUAUCUUAGAUCAAUUGGAGCAGCCCAUGUUAUUGACUAUAAUGCACCUGAUGUUGUUGAUCAAAUUAAUUCUAUUACAAAAAAUAAUUUAAAAUAUGCUCUUGAUGUUAUUGGUUCAGAAAGUUCUAAUAUCGCGUUAAAGGUUUUAUCACAAAAUGGAAAAAUUGCUUGGGCGGCAGGUCCUCCUACUGAUAAAAAAGAAGGUGUUCAAGAAACGGGUAUUGUACUUGGUGAAUGUCAUAGAGAUACUAAGGGUGCUCUCAAGAAUGUCAAUCGACUUUUGAAGGUUGUUGAACAGUUACUUUUUGAAGGAAGGAUUCGACCUAAUAAUGUUGAAGUUAUUGAAGGUGGGCUUAAUGCUAUUCCUGAUGGUUUGCAAAAAUUAAAGAAAGGUGUUAGUGCAAAAAAAUUGAUUGUUAAAAUUGAUUAAGAUAUCUGUUUAAUAUCAUGUACAUUUCAAAGAAAACAUAAAUAUUUAUAUAUGAAAUAAAUUUUUAUUUAAAAUAUUUAA